UUACUGCGUACUUAAGUUUAUUCCGCUGUUCAUCAUUUUUGACAAAUAAUGUGUGUCGUAGUUUGAUGCCAGUAGUAUUACUAAUUAACAACUAUUCACUAACAGAUGUGGAGGUGGUUGUCUGUUUUUUUGUAGAAUAUACUAAAACAUUGAGAUGAUCUGUAAAAAGAAGAUAAUCUUUAGCCCAUUUGUUCCUGCAACGAUUUCAAUAUUUUCGGGCGCAAAUUCCGCGCAAGUUGUCCGGUGGUGCAUAGCAAAGGAUAUUUAGAGUUUGAUUAACCAAUGACGGCCUUCAACGCUAUCCACUGUUUUAGUAUAUAUCAGAUAAGGGCCUUCUUGAUUCCUCUGUCGUUACGUUUACACAUUUUAAUGCUAUUUCUUUUCUGGACACGUUGGACAUGUUCGUUACAGGAUUGGCGAUUGGAAAUAGAGUGAUAACAAUACGGCUGGUAUACAACUUGUCGACGUUGUGAACAAUUUUAAUCGUACAGAAGCACAGUCUAAGGAACCUAGUAAGUUAUGCUGUAUGGUAAUCCAUGAUACUCUCCCGGAGUGCACUAACUGUAGUGAGGAGCACGCCUUUAUAUGUGAAGAUUUCCCAGAUUGUUACUAUGGAGUGGGUUUUGGUUACCAUGGAAAUGUGAACGUCACCCGGUCUGGUCGUAUGUGUCAGUCUUGGAAAUCCCAGUGUCCUCAACGUCACUGGCGGAUCCCUAAAGAUGUUGUCAAAUCCAAAAAUGACUCGAACCUGUGUCAUAACCCGGACAGCAGUGCCCCAGAUGGACCGUGGUGUUAUACCACAGACCCAAACGUGCGAUGGGAAUAUUGCAAUAUAUCUCGUUGUCCUCCAAGAGAUUACCGCCUCCUCCGAGACGCUUCACAUUAGAGAAUGUUCAGACGAGAUAUUUUAUUUUGACUUGGAAUGAGCCAGAAAAUGCCAGCCUUUACCAAAUACAAAAAUA